GUACUAGACACAUAACAAGCUAUUAAGGUUACUCUUAGUUGCAUAACACAAAAUGAGGAAAAUGAAGUGCAUGGCUUUGCCCUUAGUAGCACUUGCAUUGUUGAGUUUGUUUCUCAUAGCAGAUGCAGCUGGUGCACCUCCAAAGCCCAGGUUGCAGUGGCAUCACUACAGGAACUCGUGUCGUUAUGCCGAGGUGUACGUCCGCCACGAAGUUGAGUUGUUUUGGAAGAAAGAUAAAAGCAUUGCUCCGAAGCUUGCUCGCUUGGUUUAUUCAGAUUGUUUCGUCCACGGUUGUGAUGCGUCGAUAUUGCUUGACGAAGGAGCCAAUCCGGAGAAGAAGGCGCUACAGAACCAGGGGCUUGGAGGUUUCACAUUGAUUGACAAGAUCAAAACAGUGCUGGAUUCGCGAUGCCCCGGAGUUGUCUCUUGUGCUGAUAUACUCCAACUUGCUGCUAGGGAUGCUCUGAAACUGGCAGGUGCACCAGGUUAUCCAGUUUUCACAGGAAGAAGGGAUGGCAUGAAAUCAGAUGCUGCAUCAGUAGACCUACCAUCACCAUCCAUCACAUGGCAACAAGCUCUAUCAUACUUCCAAUCAAAGGGCUUGGAUGUACUAGACAUGACCACACUCCUAGGUGCACACUCAAUGGGAAAAACACAUUGUAGAUAUGUUGUUGAUAGGCUGUACAACUACAAUGGUAGUGGAAAGCCAGACCCAAGCAUGAAUGCUACUCUUCUUAACACCUUGAGAAAUCUAUGUCCACCUAGAAAGAAGGGAGAACAUGACCCAUCGGUGUAUCUAGACCCAGAAUCUGGACCCCAUUACAGCUUCUCAGAAUCAUACUACAAGAGGAUCUUAAGGCAUGAAGCUGUCCUGGAAAUUGAUCAACAAUUACUGUAUGGUAAUGACACUGUACAGAUCACUGAGGAAUUUGCUGCUGGAUUUGAAGAUUUUCGGAGAGCUUUUGCCGAAUCAAUGUACAAGAUGGGGAACAUCGAUGUUUUAACAGGAAACCAAGGAGAGAUACGCCAAAAUUGCCGAUAUACAAACAAGGCCAAAAGCAAAUGAGUGCAAAGUGAUAUCUUGUGCUGUUGAUCAAGGCUUGCCCAGUUCUAAAUUUAAACAUAAUUGUUGUGUUCUCAAGGUAAAGAAUAAAACAUGAAUAAGUAAAUGAAUUCCAACAGUUCAAGAGAAGUCACUUGAGAGAAAAAAAAGCUCUCUGUAGCACGUAUAAUAAUUUCUUCUGCCAAUAUAACCAUUCCAGUUGUUAUCAUCAACAACAAUGAUCU